AUGCGUUUCCUUAUCCUCGCCCUGCUCAACGCGUGGGACCAGUGCGGCGGCAAGAGCGGCGCCCACUGCCCCGGCCCAAAGUGCGUCGCCAAGCAGUGGGACGCUCACUGCUGCCCGGUCGGCUUCUCUUGCGUUCGGAACGAUGAUUACUACUUCAACUGCCAGGGUCAGAUGAACAACAACAACUGGAGCAACAACAAUAACAACCAACAACAGCAGCAGCAGAACCAGAACCAGAACCAACAGCAGCAGCAGCAGCAGCAGCAGCAGCAGCAGAACCAGGCGCAGCAAGCCCCGAUCGAGGUCGUCAAGCCCGGCCCCGCCAUUCCCAUGAAGCGCGCCACCAACGGUGACCCCGCCUACUCCGACGUCCUCGGCCUGUCCUUCAUGUUCUACGAGGCCCAGCGCAGCGGCAAGCUGCCAAAGACCAACCGCAUCACCUGGCGCGGCGACUCGGGCGUCACCGACCGCGCGCCCGACGGCCGUGACGUCAGCGGCGGCUGGUACGAUGCGGGGGACAACGUGAAGUUCAACCUGCCCAUGGCCUGGACCACCGCGGUGCUCGCCUGGUCUGUCUACGAGUUCAAGGACAACUACAUCGCGUCAAAGCAGUACACCACCGCCCUGGACAACAUCAAGUGGGUCACCGAUUACUUCAUCAAGUGUGUGGGUGACGGCACCGAAAUCGUGGGCCAGGUCGGCAACGGCAACCAGGACCACGGUGUGUGGGGCCGCCCCGAGGACAAGACCCAGGCCAACCCCGUAUACGUCCUCACCGCCGACAAGCCCGGCUCCGACGUCGUCGGCGCCAUGGCCGCCGCCCUGGGCGCUGCCUCGGUCGUCUUCCAGGACACCAAUCCCGCCUACUCUGCCCAGCUGCUCGCUGCCGCCCUCAAGGCCUACGCGUUCGCGACACAGCACGUCGGGCUGUACAACAACGCAAUUCCCGAUGCGGCCAACUUCUACCGGUCAAGCAACAUGUACGAUGACAUGGCGUGGGCGGCCACCUGGCUGGCGGUCAGGACGGGCAACGCCGCGUACAAAACUGAGGCCAAGGCGCUCUACCAGAAGCACUGGGCCACCGAGGACGGCAAGGGCGUGUGGAACAACUUUGACUGGGACAGCAACUCCUGGGGCGUGGUCGUCUUCCUGUCCCGCUGGUUCCCGGAGGACACCUUCUACAAGACCCGCAUGGCCGACUUCGUCAAGGACUGGACCCAGGGCGGCGCGUGGGUCAAGUUCACGCCCAAGGGCCUGGCGUUCAGCGGGGAGUGGGGCAGCCUGCGCCAUGUCGGCAACGCGCUGUUCCUCAUGGAGGCGUACGCCAACGGCGCCGCGGACGCCGCGCUCACCAGGAAGGUCGACUGCUUCGCGCACGGCCAGAUGAACUACAUCCUUGGCGGCGUCACCGGCCACUCCUUUGUUGUGGGCUACGGCCCCAACCCCCCGCAGCAGCCCCACCACCGCGCGGCCAGCUGCCCGCCGCUGGGCCAGCAGUGCACCUGGGACUACUUCAACAGCCGCGCGCCCAACCCCCACACGCUGUACGGCGCGCUGGUGGGCGGGCCCAACGGUCAGGACGUGUACGAUGACAACCGCAACAACUUCAUCCAGAACGAGGUGGCAACCGACUACAACGGCGGCUUCACUGGCGCCCUGGCCGGCCUCAUCAGCCCCGCCGUCAGCGCCAAGGAGUGCGGCGUCAAGUACCUGAGUGCCUAA